CUCUUUCUCUCAAAUAAAUAUUUAAAAAAAAUAAAAAUCGUUCAUAUUUAAUUCAGAUUGAGCAUCUUAAUGUAAGUAAAACUUCCAUUUUUUUUUGCAGUCAGUGUUAUGUCAGUGUUUUCCAAACAUCUUAGUAAAUCACCUGGGAUGCUUAUAAAAAUUCUGGUUCCCAGACUAGAGCAACUGAAUCAGGCUCUUGGAAGAAAAGUGUGGUUUUUAAGGAAACCUCUCUUCCCUUUCUCCUUGGAACAGACAGAACAGUCUGAUUAUUUGCAGAGAAAGAAGAAAAGCAGAGGAGAGAAUCCACAUCUUCAAAAGGGUAAGGGACAGAGUAUCAAAAUGGCCUGGAAAAUGUUCAGAAUUAACAUCAGAAAGUCAAAUGUUCACCUAAGGCUCAGCUGGGAAGAAACAAAAGAAAAAUCAAUAUGCAGUCAAAGAAUGGCUUCACUUUUCUAGAAGGUGACUCUCUAGGAGAGUCCCUUAGCAACAGCUUCGAAGUUCCAGAACCUGUCCUCAACCCCGAUGGUCAGCUUCGGCUUCUGUCCGGAACUCAGACUUCUUGCCCGAUCUUCCUACCACGGAAAUGCACGUGGCAGUGGUGGAAACAGCCUUGGUGCUGCUGCUGAGCAUGGGGCGGACCUCAGACUCUCUCUGCUCACCCACCAUUUUUUAUAGAGACUGUUGGAUCCGUCGCUUUCCAGGUCUUCUGAUUGACCUGGAGGAGUCUCAGAAGCUGGGAGCUCAGUUCCUGAAGUAUUAUUCUGAAAGUACUGGCCAGAAAUGCAGCAGGAGCUGCUGCCUUAGGAAGGAUGUUUCCUGUAACGUGGCUGUCUUCUACCAUGAUCCCAUGCAUGACAAUGUCAACUGCCUCCAUAUUCACUGCCCCACACUGGAGAGUUGCAUAUUAGAGCCCGGAACCAGUGCCAUUUUAUACAACGUAACAGAAGGUAUAGAUCCAGAUUUGCUGGUUUUUGAACAAUCACGUCCCACAUAUCUAAAUACCCGCUCCUCAUCUAAUACACGGGACAGACUAAGGAUUUUAAAAGCUACGCAUUUAGAUGAACAACAAACCACAGUGAUAAACCAAACGCUACCAUCACCAGAGAUGCCAUCAUCAACCACACAUCAAGAUUUGGUUGUCAACACAAACAGUACUAGGUAUUCCAAGGAAUUAACCACAGAUUCUUGGGCAAAACUCAUUUCCCUGAAUAACUCCAUUACCACAGAGGUAAAUAUGGGGUCACACAGCACUGAUUUCAUCAAUAAUCCAGAUAACAAGACUAUUUCUCCUUUCUUUGUUCCCAUAGACACAAAAGUUUUUCAUAGGCCUAUUCCAUCCCGACUCAACAGUAGCAAGCAAUUACUAAAUAAAACCAAGGGGUCCAACAGCAGAAACCACACAGCUGAGAAUGAAGACAUGACACCUGAUGGGGCAUCUGUGACUUCAAAGAUGUGGCUGGCUCCGGUGGCCCUCUGUACCUCUGUCAUCUUUCUUUGCUGUUGUAUGAUCAUACUGGCAUCUGGAUGCUGGAGAAAGCAGCAGGGCCAGUAUAAGCCAGGGCAGAGAAAGUCAGGAUCCAGGCAUGUCGAAAAGGUAACACUCUAAAGAAGAACUCUUAAGAGUAAAAGUUACAAGGAGAUUGUAAGCUUUCAAGGGUAUCGUUUUUUAGUUUUCUGUAAGACAAGGGCUGUUUGUUUUAAAAAAAUGAAUAAUUGCACAGGAUGCCCCCCUUACCAACCUCUAAAAAAGGCCAAAAUCUUCAUAAACUUAACUGCUUUGAUCAUUUCUAUUUUGU